GUCAUCGUUUUCAACUUCGAACCCGUCCUCCGACAAGACGCCUAAGUUGGGACAUAUGCCGCCGGGCUGGACGCUCUUUUCAAUCAACUAACUAGACAGCUAUCGUACAGCCUACCAGUUUCGCUCGAUUAAUCCAGCGCUGCAUCAUCCUCUCAGUCGUCAAACAUUUGCGCUCCCUCACCACUUAACGCGACAAGGCUGAUCGAGCUCUCGACCCCGCGCAACUCGAAGCUCUAAAUCGCACCAGCCUUCGACGUUGAGCUUCUAGGUCUGCUCAACUGAGCCUCUGAGCCCGUCGAUAAAUUCAGCCUUCUACUCGGUUCCUAUCCAAACCUUCCUCGUUUGCAACGCAUCUCUACUGCGAACCGCAACCUCAAUCCUCCAUCCACCUCCAUCCACCUCACCUUCGUCCAUCACCAUCCUCACACUUCGGGGCCUCAAGCCCACCCACCCCCAGCCCACCAUGGAACCCCGCGCCCGCGCCGGCAAAAAUGUCGGCAAAAUGAAUUUUAACCACAACGAACUAGCCCAACUCCUCUACGGCCACGGCGACCUCAAGAACCCCCUGCCCGAAACCGUGCGCGUGCUCGACGAGCUCAUCACCGACUUCAUCCAGGGCGUCGGCUUCGAAGCCACGCGCGCCGCCCACCACGCCGGCCGACAAAAAGUCAAGUUUGAAGAUUUCGAGUUUGCCAUGCGCCGGAACCCGCGGUUCAUGGGCAAGAUCCAGGAGGUGUUUGAGAAGAAAAAAGAGAUCGAGGCGGCGCGCAAGAAUUUCAACAUUGAGGAUCAGUUGAUGAAGGAUGCGGAUAAGGAGGAGAAGGAGAAGGAAAAGAAGGGGGGUAGUGCUGACAAAGGAGACAAGGAGAAGGGGGAGAAAGGGGAGAAAGAGAAAGAAAAGGGAGGGGAGAAAGGAGGAGGAGGAGGAGAAAAGGAAAAGGAAAAGGGACCGGGAAGUACUGUCUCGGGAUCGGGGUCGGGUUUAGGUUCCGGCGGUGGCGGGACAAAGAGGAAGAGACAGCAGAGUGUGUUGGAGGAUGAAGAGUUGGAUGAGUUGGAUGAUGAUUUGGAGGCCGAGGCGGAUAUUGGCACGGCGACGAAGAGGAGGUAGGAUCUCCUUGGGUGGAACCGUCGUCGCUGAGAGUAUUUCGUUUUGGUUGGUUCCGGGUUUUGGCCAAGUUGGUCUGUGAUUUGGGAAGAAAAGGGGACGACGGCAUGGCAUUAUUUCGUUUUGAUAAUAUGCAUAGCGAGGCGUUAAGGGACAUGGAUACGGUUAGGUUGGUCAAGCAUGGGGAUUAUUGCCUUGAACGGGCUAUGAGCUUAGGAAGUUCUAUCACUCUUGACACAAUAGCUUCCUUUUACAGUAGCCGUAUCAACAUUACUCUUCAUACCAGCCCUUUAUUAAACCCAUCUCUCUCGCUUCGCAAGAAGUGCCCAGGACCUAUUUUCCCG